UCAGGAGGACCGGUUUUGAUGACCUAGUCUGAUUACAGCAUCUUUGACAGCUUUAAAGGAAUUUGCUUGGGGGAAGGAGACAGCUGCUGCUCUGAUGGAGGAUUUUUCUGAGCAGGCCUCCCAGGCUAGACAUGUCAGUAUGAGAUGCUGUCGACGUUUUUCAUCAUGACCAACAGGUUGUUAAACUGCAAUCAAAAGCACUUAGUAAGGAUGGAUCUCUCCCUGUUGUGAGAUUUGAACUCCUGACAUCUUUAUCCACUGGAACUUGAGUGCCCAGGACACACCAGAGAAGGGAUUUUGAGAGCCCUGCAGCUGGGAGCUGGUUGCAGCAUGAGGAAAAACCCUCCAUCACCCCAAUGUACAGGAAAGAGAAGACAGACGACAGUAGCUAUCCUCCUUCAAUACUGAGGAAAAGGCCACCUGUGGACUCAGCUGUGGGGGAAAAGCGGAAGCAAGAGAGAAGGGUUCGAUUUCGUGAGCCAGAAGAAGUCAUUGAACAUGCCAUUUCCUGCUGUGACUACGUAGUAGUGGAUGACAGGUCAUCAUCUGGAUUGCCUGUGCUCUUGUGGCUCUUGUUUUGCUCAGUGCUGAUCCUGGCUGUGAGUCUCUACUACACCACCAUGAAGCAAGAUGGCAAGGUCCUGGAGGAAUUUCAAUCCCGACUUGUUAUCUUCUUCCUUCAGCUAAGACAUGUUGCUCAGAAAUGCUGGACUUGGUUUGUGAGGCAGUAGCAAUGUCCUCCAGCCUGUCAGACAUCUACUAACCAGCACAUGGCAGCACAAAGCUCCCAGUCUACUCCAGCCACAUGCAAGGAACACGUGAAGACCCAUCUAACAGAGCAAGAAAAUCACUCCUGUUGUGCAGUGUCCAGCAGCCACUUGGUCUCCUUUCUUUUUUCUUUUUUCUUUUUUUUUUCACAGUACUUGGCCAGUCAUAGCAGCACCUAGAAUCCCACCAGACUCAUGUUUCAUCAUCCUGAACAGCAAACAAGUAUCUGAUUUUUGUCCACCAAAGAGCUUAUCAACUGCUAGUAGGAACAGAAAUAGAGAGAUAAAGACAUGGCUCUGUGUGCAGGCAGCAGCAAGCUCUGAAUAAAAGCCUCCUGAGUCAGGACGUCAAGGUUUAAAUACAAAACCAUCUUUCUCCUCGAGCCUCCUAAGAGCUAUUCUGAAAUAGUUGAAAUAAAGCUGAGCUAUUGCAUAAAUGCUGCUCUGAUGGCCAAAGGCUUGGCAAGCUGCUACAUUUAUUCACUUGAAAUGAUUAUUAGUAAAAUCCCAGCAAAUGUCUGUCUUGUUUCCCUUCAUGCAUUUUUCCCUCCAUAGGGAAAUGUCGCUUCUUAAUGUUUUACUUGAAUCCCGAGUGUGAAAAAGAACAGGAAAAUUCAUUUAAACAGUAAAUAGUUUAUUUGCCUAAUAUAAUAAAUAGCAGCAUUGAAUCCUGGGCUAAUUAUCAAAUCAGUAGUUUAAUCCUCUAGGUUUGAUUCAGUCCAUAAACACCACAAGCUGAGCUUACAAGACUGAUGAUAGUGCUGGUAUUCAGUCAGAGUUUAUGCAUUUACACCUGGCUGUUCAAGGCCUUAAUUCAUGAUUAUAUGGACUGUUUAUGAAGGUGUGGGAGGCAAAGUCCCUUUUAUCUUUCCAUUGUGGCACCACUGCAUGCACGUCUCUGAAGGGAAUCCUUUUGAUGGAGACCAUGCAAUAAAUGGGGAAUUGUGCUCUGUGUAACUGCGAGGAGAACAAGUGAGUACAGGCUUACAAGAUUCAGCCAUGUUUUCUUCCCAGACAAAACCACUACAAUCAGCCUUUUAGGCCUUAGAUUCUUAGCAAGUAGCACCUGAUGUGUGCUUGGUUUUAUUUGGUAUGAUUGAUAUCAGAAUGUGUAAGAGUUGAAGAAAAGCAAAAAUAAAAAAUUAAAAAGAGAACAAAGAUACUGCAGAGAAGACAUAAGAGAUGCCUGGCAGGCCUUGGCUCAGACUCUUCUGCCAUUGCAGCCCACCAAAAAGAAAAAAAAUGGUGCUUUAUUUUUAAUUUUGUGUGUGUCUUGUUGUUGAAUUUUUUUUUAAAAAAGGGUAAUACCUCUUUGUCCCAACAAUCUUCUUCUAAGCAGCCCAAGGACUUGAACCAGGCAGAGGAUAAACAGAAACACAGCGUGUAGUUUUCUCUCAAGAGAAAGAUGGGCAGCAAUUCGACUGAGAAUAAGUCAAAAAAUUUAAGUCAGAAAUGGGGAGAAGUGACUUCAGUGGCCCUCCUCAUGCUUCUCCUAAGAUGUCAAAGGCCACAGCAAUGGCCUUUGACAUGCUGAUGGUCUGGGAGAGCAGGAGGAGUGUUGAGCUCAGUGGCUCUUUGUGCAAAUCGCUCGUGUGCCCCAUCUCAGAGGGUAAGUUUCACUCCUGCUUCCCUUCCCUCUCCCCCAUCUCAUCCCUGCUCUUUAGGUAAUAAAGAAGAAAGGUUUUAAA